GAUCAAAGCCGUUCACAUCGUCGAGCAAUUAACAUCAAAGUAAAUACAAAAUUUUCAAACAAAUAUGGCUAGUAAAUUUAUGCUCAUUGCUUUGCUCGCCUGUGUCGCUGUAACCAAUGCUAGUCUAUUGCCUGCUGCUGCUAUUGCGCCCGGCAUUGUCGCGCCCUAUGCAUCCUCAUUCAACACUCAUUACAUAAAUCAUGCUGUUGCGUUGCCAGUUGCACCCGCUCCAGUUCCAGUUGCUGCUCCGGCUCCUGUCGCUUUGGCCGCGCCAGCUCCCAUAGCAGCGCCCAUAGCCUUCGCCCCAAAAGUGGCGUUCCCCGCUCCAGCUCGAGUUGCAUUCGCCGCUCCUGCUAGACUAGCUGCUCCAUGGGCAGCUCCUCUGCCAAUUGCUCCGGCACCACUUCCUUUAGCUCCGGCACCCCUACGCUUCGCGGUGCCAGCACCAUUUUUCGGCUAGAUCAACUGAAGUACCUGAACUAUACUUACGAAUAAGAAAAUGCGUUGUAUGUAUCUAAAUUAAAGUUGGAAAAUAUUUUUCUUAAACUUUGGAUAAACUCCUCGCAUUUUAGUGAAAAGGGCGAAAUAAAAAUACGAAAAGAACUUGAAAUUUG